UGAAAUAUCUAAGAAAAUAUGUUAUAGUUUACUCAUUAAUAUAAUUCGAUAUAAUUUUUUACAAAUAUGUUUUAUACUUUAUCAAGAUAUAUUACUUUACCAUUGUGUGAACGAAAUACACAAAAAAUCUUUAAUUCUAUAAAUAUUAGAAAAAAUUCAUUACGGUGGAAUUGCCAAGAAUCAAGAAUAGGACAUUCUUGUUAUAAAAUAAAUACACUUUUAAAAUAUCAUACAUCAAACAAUAUACAAUUUGUUGAUUCGUUCAAAGAUGAAAGAAACGAAUUAAUGGCUAUGUGGCCCGAUAUUGUUCGUGAAUUGACGGAAGAAAAUAAUGAAGAAUUAUUAGAUGUUAAUAAACGGAUAACAAAGAUAUUGGAAUAUAAUGUUCCGAAAGGAGGAAAACGAAGAUCAGUACCACUUGUAAUCGCAUAUAAAUUGCUGGCAUCUCAAGAUCAAUUAACGGAAGAAAAUAUUCGUUUAGCUCGCAUCCUAGCCUGGUGUAUAGAAAUAAUGCAAGCAUUUCACACAAUGAUAGAUGAUAUUAUAGAUCGUGCAAGCAUGCGACGAAAUCAAUCAACCUGGCAUGUAAAAGUUGGAUUAGGUGCAAUUAAUGACGCAUUAAUUUUAGAAACAUGUAUUAUCAAGCUUGUUAAGAAACAUUUUAAGUCGAAAAAUUGUUAUAUGGAUAUCAUGGAUAUACUUUUGAAGUAUCAUAAAAAAACAGUGUAUGGUGAAUGUCUAGAUAUAUUGAUAUCGAUGGAUUGGGAGAAGAAGAAAAAUUUUGAUGUUUUUUCUGUGGAUGGAUAUAAUACUCUAACAAAACAUAAAGCAUCUUAUUUCUCAUUUAUACUUCCAUUCAGUCUUGCUAUGCGUUUCGCUGACAUAAUCGAUCCAGAAAUGCAUAGAGAAGCAGAAAAAAUUCUGAUAAAAAUAAGUCAUUUUUUUCAAGUACAAAAUGAUUUUUUGGAUUAUUACAGUAAACAAGAAAUCGGAGGAAAAAGUGGAACUGACAUACAAGAAGGAAAAUGUUCAUGGCCCAUUGUGACUGCAUUGCAGAGAGCUACAGUCGAACAAAAGAAAAUUUUAAAAGAAUGUUAUGGAAUAGCUGAUGAAGAGAAAAUAAAACGUGUGAAACAAAUUUAUGAAGAGAUUGGUAUAUCAAAUAUCUAUUGGAAUUACGAAGAAAAAACCCAUAAUUUAUUAAAUACGUAUAUACAGCAAUUAUCUUCGAAACUUCCGACUGAAUAUUUUUUAUAUUUACUCGCUACAUCAUGUAGUAAAAUAAAACGAAAAGAUGAAUUGUAAAAAAUAUUC